AUGCAAACGACUCGCUCCCUCCCACAAUCAACACUGUGUUACAACGGAGGCGAAGGAUUGGCUCACCAAGCCAACGCAAUCCCAGAUCCUGACGGAGGAACACAGCGGUGGCGAGUGCGCGCAAGCAAGGCCUGUGAUCGCUGCCAUGUUUCCCGCGUAAAGUGUGACACUGGCCAGCCCUGUGGCCGAUGCGCGAAUGCGUCCACAUUCUGCACCUAUAACCGGGCCAGCCGCCGUCGCGGUCGCCUCCCAAGGAAGAGCUUGUUCUCAGCUGACAUGCUAUCCCCAAGGCCAAACAUAUUGACCAACAACAGCUUUCUCGACCGGACUGUGAGCGGUGCAGAGGUAUUGCAGGGGGACCUAGAUCUGCUCCCUCCGGAUGUUGCCCACCUUGGCCAUGCGCACAAUGUUGACUCGGAUCAAGCUCAACCCGAAGCGGACAUCAGCAACGAAGACCAGGGGAACGGCAUGCCCAUCUCCUGGGAGCCGAGCUUGCCAACGACACAACAGCCGCUAGUGGAUGUUUGGAAUGGAAGUCGGAUUAUCGUCGACAGCCAACUCGACCAGCCUGGUAACCCUCGCCUGCCCCACGCCAUCCCCGAGGAACCCCCAGACCAUGAUGACCUCGCUCACCGGCCGCCUCCACAGUUGUCUAUUCUCUCACCGGGUGCGCGCCCAGGUGAACAGAGGCACUGUGCGGAACGACCACCAUCGAGCUUGCCCAUCAAGCGGAGAUACGCCGUAUUGGAACCGCUGUACCCUUACCUCGACCAAGAUAUCUCGUCUGAGUUAGCUUGUGAUCUCCUGGACUCUUAUUUUGCCGAUAAAUCUGAAGGGCUAUGCAUUCCAGCCUCCCCUCUACUGUUGUGCCAUAUCUUUCGGCGUUCCUCCUUCACAUCUCCCACCCAAGGGAGACCAAGUUCCCUCGCGCUGUUAUCAAGUAUGCUUCUGGUCGCGGCUGCCACGACAGAAUCGCCCUUCUUCGGCGCUUCUCCUACUGCUCGUGCCCGACUCUUGCGCAGUCUUUUUAAACUGACACUCCACUUCCUGCACGACCCUCGACACCUGGUUUCCCGAACUACAGAGGGUUAUUCCGAUCACAUGGCAACCAAAAAUACUGACUCGGGCGAUCGGUAUGAACCUCAUUCAUCUGUUGCCAUGUCAAGCGGCAGACACCGCUUUGUAGAUGAGGUCGUCACCUAUAUGCAUCUUGCACUAGUCUCCAUGACGACAGAGGUCGGUUCUUUUGCGACGAGGUGGUGGUACACUGCCUUUCAGUUGGCCAAGGAAUACAGACUAAACGCAGAUGUCAUGGGCCAUGGACCAUCGCAGCGGGUGCAGGAGCGGCCGUCGCCCAACGGGGAACCGUCCUCAGUCCCAUCGACAGGAAGCAUCGUUUAUGCCGACUCCCCGUUCAAAUCUCCCGACCCUAAUGAUACCGAAGAGUCUUCUAUUGGGGUGAGAGAUAACAAGGUCAUUGAUGGGUCCGAUUAUCGCUUUGUCUUUGCAACCAGGGAAGAGUUGGAGGAAAGUCGCCGAGUUUGGUGGAGCCUGUAUAUAUGGGACAAACAGCUGGCGUUGUCUCACAACGUCCCAGUAUCCAUCACCAACCUCGAAUGCCAGGAGGUGUCGAUGCCAAUAUGCGAGUUGGCCUGGCAAGGCGUUCCGACGACCGACCAUAGUAACGAGCCGCAGUUUGGUGGUCGCCCGCCGUCGUCACUGGAUUCAAACACCCCUUCUGAUAUUUUCGGCUUCUUCGUGCCGUUUAGUCUUGCACUCGAGACGUUACUUGAUCACCGUCAAUCCCUCAUGCGACGGAGGCUUGCAGGGAGGACGGGUUACCAGCCAUUGAACUCGGACAUUACUGCAGGUGACGACUUUCGUGUGCAACUUGAACGUCUCGCGCAGGGUUUCGACACUCCACCAAGCGGGAACGCUCAAAACAAUUCCGAUGGGGGAUUCUCGUUCACUGCUUGCUCCUAUAAGACCGAGAUCUUUCCAGCGUACGCGCGGCUCUUGGUCCGCAUCUUAUUUUUGCUGAAUUCAGCGACAUGGGAUAUGACUGACGCAGUCGAAGGAGUCGACAGGGAUGCUCUUUUGAACACGGCCACUCACCGGAAUAUCUCAAUGUCUGUCGUGCAAGCGUCAGAGGCACUUCGCGACGUCUUUUUACUAGAGUCUGAGUUCAGCUUCAGCCCUCUAUAUUGUGACGUGUUUCUAUUUCUGGGCUCCGCGAUUGCAUACAUGACCUUGUCACCCUCCAGCCAAGACCUUGACUCCAGCCUCGGCGCCGCUGGAGAGACGUUUGUCCGCGCAUUAGAGUCUGUCAUCUCCGUCACCCCUGCGGAACAUCAGCGUAAAAUGCGUCGACUGCUGCAUAUUGCGUUGGCCCGGGUCAAGUGGGGAAAGGUGCCUAGCUCGGCCGACGUGACGCUUUGCCAGCAUAUCACUCGGACGUAUCGAUGGUCAAUCGGAGGGACCGGAUUGAGAACAUGA